ACGAAAGUAAUCCACCAGUUUAGGAUUAAAGCACAGUUUCCAUCUGAGUGUCAGAUGUCUUUAUGUGUAGUCUAAAAGCAACCUGAUCGUGUUUAUUUUUUCUGCUUUUUGCACUUUGGGUUAUUUCAUCUCUUCUAAAUGGACGCAGGGCAAAUGAAUUACGUCGGUUUGCUUAAUGAAUUUGCAACCAAAAAAGGUUGGGUUGUUGAUUUUCAAGAGGAAACUGCAGGACCACAUCAAAUUAGAACGUUCACUAUGAGGGUCGUGAUAAAUGGGGAGGUAUAUCCUGAAGGUGUUGGAUCAAAGAAGAAGGAAGCCAAACAAAACGCUGCAAAGAAUGCCCUCGCAAUUUUAAAGAAAGAUGAACUGGAUACAACAGAAACAAGUUCGGAAUCUUCCGCAACGGAUGGCAACGGAGAAGAAAAUCUAAGUAUCCAAAGCCUCAGUCUACGCAAUCAACAGCAUAGCACCACUAUGGACACUGAGAACACGUCAGCAGACGUGAACUUCAUAGGGCUCCUUAAUCAAUACUGUCAGAAGCGUAAACUAGUGAAUGGUUUCAGAGCCGUAGAAAAAAAAGGGCCUGCACAUGUUCCUGAAUUUGCAGUCAGGGUUGUCAUAAAUAAUAAAGAAUAUCCCGAAGGACGGGGGAGGAGUAUGAAAGAGGCAAGACAAAAAGCAGCACAGCUUGCCUUUAAUGAACUCGAUGACUCAGAUUUAAGUAGUCAGAAUUCAUCGCUGGUCUCAAUGAGUGUGUCACCAUAUCCUGCCAACUCAUCAGAGUGGUUGUCUUCUGCACCAGUAUCACAUGUUAAACCAAAAAGACAACUCGCUGCAAACUUUCAAAAUUCACCAGAAUUCAAUAAAAAGCAAUCUAAUAUCAAUGCGCUCAAAAUACCAACACCCUCAAUAAAGAGUCCCCCUGUUUCCAGCCCUACAAUAAAAUCAAGGUUUUUAGAGGAGUUUGAUACAAUAAGUAGAAUUGGCAAGGGAGGAUAUGGUCGUGUUUUCAAGGCCAGGCGAAAGCUUGAAGGUGCAACCUACGCUGUCAAGAUAGUAAGGUUUACUGAUAAGGCUUGCAGAGAGGUCAAAGCUUUGUCACAACUUUGCCAUGCUAACAUAGUGCGUUACCACUCAUCAUGGACUGAGGAGACAGAGUACAGAGAUGUAUUCAGAUCAGACGAUUCCAGCGGUUCACACUCUGGCAGUGGAUCAAAAUUCCUCUAUAUUCAAAUGGAAUUCUGUGUGGGAGAAACUCUGAAGAUGUGGAUAGAUGAGAGGAACGAUAAUCCUGAAAAAUACCCAACACGGAGGUUGGAAGCAGCAGACAUAAUAAAGCAGGUCUUGGAGGCAGUGAAAUACAUCCAUUCAAAUAAGCUCUUCCACAGGGACCUAAAGCCAUUAAACAUAAUGUUUGGGCAAGAUGGAGUUGUGAAGGUGGGAGAUUUUGGACUUGUUUCCAAAGAAGAGAGAGAUGAUGACGGACAACUGUUGGAACACACCCAAAAAGCCGGGACCCAUUCUUAUAUGAGCACAGAACAGAGACUACGCCAGAAAAACUAUGGCAGGAAGGUGGAUAUUUAUGCUGCGGGCCUUAUUUUCUUUGAGUUGCUUUGGCGGUUUGGAACAAUUAGUGAAAAAGAAAAGCAAUGGGACUGUAUACGAAGUAGGACUUUUCCGAAAGAAUUCUGCCUAAAGUUUUAUUUUGAACACAAGCUAAUUGAAAGAAUGUUGUGUGAAAAUCCUGAGAAACGACCAGAAGCCAGCGAGCUGCUCACAAAGCUGGUCCAACACUCUGCCACCACCGCCUCAACAAAGCAUGAACACAGGACAUACUGAUGGGUGAACUUCAGUCUCACACUUUGACAAAAUAUCCAAGAACUCUGUGAAAAUAAACAUCCCAUAAAAUAUUAUUACGUAGAUGGCUUCCAUGUGGCACUUUAAUAAUAUGGAAUAACUGCAUGUGAUAUUUUUGAGGGCAUUUUAUUUGUUAAUGCUAGAUCAUUUUUUUAAUCAUGGCAUGGAAGAACUUUAGUGUUUGAUAUAGUCUUUUACUAAAUGUUUUGACAAGGAUAAAAAUCACAAAUUCCACCUAAAAUUUAUAGAGUAGGCUAUUUUGCUGGAGAAAAAUCUAAAUUGUUCGAAUUGAUAUUCAAUGGUAUUUUAAUUGUUAUAUCUGUUUUUAGAAAGAGUUGGGAAAAGGUCAAUUUGGAAUGUGCAAUUAACCUUCACUUAACAUUUUAUAUGUAAUAUAUAUUCUUGCGUUCAUUAUGGUGAUGAAUCCGAAAAGAUGUUGCUAGAUUCUUGUUUUACAAUGUCAAUUAGUUUCAAAUUCACUUUAGAUUAUAGUAGAUGGAUUAAAUUAACAUGUUCAGACGGACAUUGUUACUUUACUUGUUUGUAAUACUGUGCUUGUUUUUCUGAUCAAGUGUGAUAUAUAUGUUUGACUGUCACUAUAAUAAUGGACGAGUGUUAUUAAGCAUAAACAACAGUGAGUAUUUAUAGAUGUUGGUAUAACAUUGUUAAAUUUUUGGAUAACAGGUUUGUUUAGUGGAGCACUAGAUGGGAUGAGACCAGAGACAGAAAACGUUGCAAUUAGUGUCAUGAAUUAUUUCUGUGUCUCAUUUCCCUUUUCCUUUCCACUAUAUCGGUGGAAUCUAUUUUUGUGUAUCAAAAACCUCUUCUUUCUGAAGCUGUUCAUUAAAAAGUACAUCUUAUAAGGAAA